UGGUGGGGGGAGGAGCGCGAGGGGAGGGCCGGGCCGCCGGGGGUCGAGGGGGUGGGGCCUGGGCCAGCUGUGGGGACCCGGCCUGGGGCCUGGACUCCGGCCGGGGGCGCGCGGCGGCUCCCAUCCGAGACUGGGCGAGGCGAAAUCCAGGUUAAUGCAGAAAUCAGCCUCCUGGGCCAUGCGGGUUCUAAGGCCUGUUUCUUCUCAUGAGCCCCGCAGAAGACAGCAGAGCCACUCCUCACAGUGGAUGACUUCCCCUUCCUGAGCAAGAGAUGGGAUAGUACCUGGGACCUACCCAACACCAGACUCUGGGCUUAAUAAGCCAGCUGAAUGAAGGGAUGUAACAGACCCCUGGGCGGGUCACUGAAGCCUGCAGUGGGGGGGGAGGGGCCUGGACAUACCCCUUCCCCCCCAGACUCCUCCCCCUCAGAGUCCACUCAACCAUGGACUUUGGACCUGGAUAAGAGGAGAGAAGCUGCACUUUGUUUGGUGUCUCUGAUUUGGGAUUCUCAAUUUUGGAAAUGGAGUACUGGAUGGGGGUUUGAUGAUCUCAGCGGAGCAGCUGAGAGAAGAGAAGAAAGAAUGUUAACCCUGUAUCUGGGCGGCUUGGCUUUGCUCCUGACUGUUGUGGGAAUGCCUCUGGUGCUUCCUUAUUGGGUGCAUGGCUGCUUCCUAAUUCCAAAGCCCAGAGGACACCUCCCUAGAACUAGAGAGUGAGCCCAGCAAGUGAGGGCAGCUUGGAGCCCCCAUUGUGCCUCCCCCCGUGGGGGCCAGGAUGCUGAAGAAGCAGUCUGCAGGGCUUGUGCUGUGGGGCGCCAUCCUCUUUGUGGCCUGGAACGUCCUGCUGCUCCUCUUCUUCUGGACGCGCCCUGCGCCGGGCAGGCUGCCCUCAGACAGUGCUCUGGAUGAUGACCCUGCAGGGCUCACCCGUGAGGUGAUCCGCUUGGCCCAGGAUGCCGAGGUGGAGCUGGAGCGGCAGCGGGGGCUCUUGGAGCAGAUCAAGGAGCAUCAUGCAAGGUGGAGCCAGGGGCGGAGGGCACCCACUGGGGUUCCGCCCGCGCCGCCACAUAGGCCUGCGACAUUGUCGCCGGCUGUGAUACCCAUCCUGGUCAUCGCCUGUGACCGCAGCACUGUCCGCCGUUGCCUAGACAAGCUGCUGCACUAUCGGCCCUCGGCUGAGCGCUUCCCCAUCAUCGUCAGCCAGGACUGCGGGCACGAGGAGACGGCUCAGGUCAUCGCCUCCUAUGGCAGCGCCGUUACACACAUCCGACAGCCCGAUCUGAGCACCAUCGCGGUGCCGCCCGACCACCGCAAGUUCCAGGGCUACUACAAGAUCGCGCGCCACUACCGCUGGGCGCUGGGCCAGGUCUUCCACAGGUUCAAGUUCCCCGCGGCCGUGGUGGUGGAGGACGACCUGGAGGUGGCCCCGGACUUCUUCGAGUACUUCCAGGCCACGUACCCGCUGCUGAGGGCCGACCCCUCCCUCUGGUGCGUGUCUGCCUGGAAUGACAACGGCAAGGAGCAGAUGGUGGACUCGAGCAAGCCUGAGCUGCUCUACCGCACCGACUUUUUCCCCGGCCUGGGCUGGCUGCUGUUGGCCGAGCUGUGGGCAGAGCUGGAGCCCAAGUGGCCCAAGGCCUUCUGGGACGACUGGAUGCGGCGGCCUGAGCAAAGGCAGGGCCGGGCCUGCCUGCGGCCCGAGAUCUCCAGAACGAUGACCUUUGGCCGCAAGGGUGUGAGCCACGGGCAGUUCUUUGACCAGCACCUCAAGUUCAUCAAGCUGAACCAGCACUUCGUGCCCUUCACCCAGCUGGACCUGUCGUACCUGCGGCGGGAGGCCUACGACAGGGACUUCCUUGCCCGCGUCUACAGCGCCCCCCUGCUGCAGGUGGAGAAAGUGAGGACCAGUGAGCGGAACGAUCUGGGGGAGGUGCGGGUGCAGUACACGAGCAGGGACAGCUUCAAAGCCUUCGCCAAGGCCCUGGGAGUCAUGGACGACCUCAAGUCGGGAGUCCCCAGGGCUGGCUACAGGGGCAUCGUCAGCUUCCUGUUCCGGGGCCGCCGCGUCCACCUGGCACCCCCGCAGACCUGGGAGGGCUAUGAUCCUAGCUGGAAUUAGCAGCGCCGGCCUGCUCCUCCUGGACUCGGUGUUUGCCAUGUCCGCGGCUGAGACGGACCGCAGGUCCUGGGCUCCAUCAUCCUUUCUUUCUUGGGUCCAUUUAUCUUUUUUUGUUGUCUUCCUUUUUCGAGUGGCAUUCGAGUGCAAGGUGAAGAUUAUUCUCCCAUUCUCAAGGGAGGGUCAAAUCAGGUGAACCUUUCUGGGGUAUGUUGGGGGGUGUUAAGCAGGAAACCACUGUGUGGUAGGGGAAGACUUGGGCUUGUUGGAGCCAUGAACUUCCAUGUGCCAGGUUUUCUCCUAGGGCAUCUGCAGAGAGGUUGGCAACUUCGGUUCUCUUGGCCAGGCCUCUUUUCCUUGUCCUGGCUCUUCCAGCCAGGGUGUGAGCCCUUCCCUGCCUUCCCCCAGUUGGAAGGAAAGCUGGGCUAUGUGAGAAAGGGACAUAUUUGUGGCCAAAAUGAGACUAACCAAAGGGGUUUUAUCAUGAGGAUCUGGGUGGACCUGUUAGGUUGUCAGGGUUUAUGCCUCCCGCCCAUUUCUCCUCUUUCCCUCUCUCCCUAUCCCUGACCUCCUCACAGUUCUUUUCUCCCUGCAGCCUAGCAACUCAUGACGCUAAGAUGAAAAGUUGAAGGGGAAAAGCAAGACCUCUCCUCAGCUCAUCCCUGGCAAUGGGGGGACUGAUGGGGUGGGGAAGCCUCAGUGUGCUGGGCACCCCUCCCUCGUCCUGCCUCAAAGAAACAGACUGUGCCCCUGAUCCUGUUUUCUAAAAACUGAUCCCUUCUCUGUCACUCUAGGAGGGCUCUGUGCUGGCCUGGUGGAAGAGAGAUUAACUCCUUGUGCUCCUUUUCACCUGGGGUUUGGUGCACAGGCUCCGCCUUGAGGCUGUGGCUUCUGGAGGCCCACUCAGUGUAAGCUAGAGCAGCCAGGACAGGAGGGCUGGACUGCCUCUGCUCUUCCCCAGAUACCCGGUGUCGACUCAGAUUAGGGUGCAGAUGGCGGGUUGGAGAGCAAUGUGUGUUUUUGUUUCUUGCCUGACCUCAGUUCAUGGAAGAAAGUUGAAGCUACAGAAUUAUUUUCAAAAAUAAAAGGCUGAAUUGUCUGAAAAAUAUUGUGUG